AUCACAAAAAUCAUGUCAGUGAGAGAGAAUUCAUAGCGUCUUAAUUUUCGUUGUUUUUUUGUACCAAAAUAAUAGUUAACCAGAUAAUUCGAAACAACAGUUUUUGGUAAUCAUGGAAGUUAAAGAAUGCAGUGAUUUAACUGAAGAAAAUCAAUUCAUCGUAGACGAUGUGAGCAAAAUCAUCAAAGAAGCUAUCGAGAGUUCUAUUGGAGGGACUGCCUAUCAGCACAACAAAGUCAAUCAAUGGACGUCGGCGGUAGUUGAAUCAUGUUUGGGUCAACUGACGAAGCUACAAAAACCUUAUAAAUAUAUAGUGACUUGCACAAUAAUGCAGAAUGGUGCGGGUUUGCACACAGCUUCGUCAUGUUUCUGGGACAACAACACGGAUGGAUCCUGCACUGUGCGCUGGGAGAACAAGACAAUGUAUUGCAUUGUCUCUGUCUUUGGACUUGGCAUCUAAUUCUUUCCAUUUUCAAACAUUUAGUCACACAAUCCUAGCU